AUGGAUGCCCGUUUGGAGAAUUUGGGUGUAAUUUUGCUGGUGAGAAGGAGCCAAGAGCCCAUCCGCCAUCUCACCUACCUAUGUGACGGCGUCGUCGAGCUGAAGAUGCUGCUCGCCCACAUGCAGGUGCAGAUGGAGACGAUGACCGGCGCCAUGCAGGAGCUGCAGCUUAAGGGUGACCUCCUCGAGAAGCUCUACGGGGCCCAGCUCGUCUGGCGCAUCGACAACUUCCGGCAGAAGCUGAACGAAGCCAAGUCGGGGGCAAAAUCCACCAUCUUUUCGACCCCAUUCAUGUCCGGGCGCCAUGGCUACAAGAUGAUCUGCAGCGUCUGCCCGUAUGGCGAUGGGCCAGGCAAGCUAGCAUAUUUCUCAAUUUACGUGGCCAUAAUGCGAGGCGAAUUCGACGCUCUACUACCGUGGCCUUUUGUGCACAAAGUCACAUUUACGCUGAUGGAUCAGAAUUCCUUCGAGGGCAACCGCAACAACAAGAGCUACGUCGUCAAGCCAAUCACGUCGCGUGAAAAUCGGGUUUUCCUUGAACGCCCGGUCAGCGAGCGGAACGCGGCUUUCGGGGCUCAGAAGUUCUGCGACCUCGCCCAGCUCGAGUCGUUCAUUGUGGACGACACCAUCUUCGUCAAGUGCAGCGUCGACCUGGAGACGAUGCCACUC